AUACAUCAUAUAUCUUCUUCUUCAUCUUCAACCUACUCAUCAAAUCAUAAUAACCAUGGCAGAAUGGGGUUUACAAGCUAUCAUCAGACCUAACCAAUAUGAUCAUCAGCAAGAUGAUUGUUUUGGAUCCAUUGACAUCAAGAAAGAAUAUGAUCAAGCUCUGCUCUUCUGUUUCCCACAUCUCUUUGAAAACAAUCAUCAUGAUUAUGAUCAUGCAACCACAACCACAAACAACAUGCAAGCAGAUGAUUUAAACCAGCUUUACAAGCCCUUUUAUUCGGUUCCUCCUCCUCCUGCUGCUUCUGCUGAUGCUGAGGAUGAUAUUCGGAUCAAUCGUCAUCGGUUUCAUGAUCCCGAUCAAGAAACUCAAAGAGAUCAAGCACAAGAAAUCAAGAAGUUUAGUGGGUCAGCUUCCAACACCUCUCAACUUGCACCAAAGCUUAAAAAGAGGAAGAAUCAACAAAAGAGGGUGGUGGUUCAAGUAACAGCUGCUGGUUUGUCUUCAGAUCCAUGGGCUUGGCGUAAAUAUGGCCAAAAACCGAUCAAAGGCUCAAUCUAUCCAAGAAGCUAUUACAGAUGUAGUAGUUCAAAAGCUUGUAUGGCAAGGAGACAAGUUGAGCAAAGUUGCACUGAUUCAAGCAUCUACAUUUUAACCUACACCGCGGAACACAACCACCCACAACCAACUCGCAGAAAUUCCCUAGCCGGAAUCAACCGCAACCGAGUCAAAGUUACUCCAAAGAGUCCCACCAACAGUAGUGAUUUUGGUAAAACUCUCACAAAAUCAAAAGGCUCACAAGUUCAUUCUCCAACAACCAUUUCAGCUUCUUCAUCUAUGGAAGAUGAAGUCCUCCAGCAGUCAAACAUCAAGGAAGAGACAACAUUCUACAACAAAUGUGACAUUAAUCAAGGACAUGAUACGAUGAUGAUGCCUGAAAUCAAUGAUGAAGAGUGUAUGGUUUUUGGUGAUGAUUUUUUUGAGGGUUUGGAGGACUUAGGAGGGGAGUCUUCAUCUUAUUAUUCAUCAAACAAACAGUUUCCUAAUGUGUUUUGUUAACAUUAUAAUGAUCCUAGUUUAAGUAUUUGUUGUUGUUUUUUUUCUACUUUGUUUUGUAAAUUUACUAGUAGAGUUUUCCUUUUAGAAUAAAAUUUUGUUUUUUUUUUGUU